AUGGCGAUGAUGACUGGCCGUGUGCUGCUGGUGUGUGCCCUCUGCGUGCUGUGGUGGGGUACUCCUGGCGGUAGGUGUGACGAGGGUGGGACAGGUGGAACUCCGCCUGGUGCUUCUGCGAGUGAUGUUGUUGGUAACGGUUCACAGGAAUCACCACCAAUUGCACAGGGAGGAUCACACACCCCGGGUUUAGAAGCACCAGGUAUUAAAAACAAAAAUGAGGAUCCGGAUGACGAACAACUUUUGACAGAAGAUGAAGAAGAGGAAGAAGAAAGCUCUGAUGAAGAGGAUGAAGAUGAGGAUCGGGAUAGAAGACUACAAAUAUCAGGAAAAGAAGGAAUACCAACAACACCACCACCAGGAGGAGGAGGAGGAGGAAAAUCAGAAGCCGCUGGUGGAAAACUGGAAAAAGUAAACGAAGAUGGACCGAAACCUGAAAAACAACACCCAGUCGAAAGUGCAGCACAAAAAACUUCAGAAAAAGAAACAGUUGAUGCUGGUGAAGCGGGAGUAAACCAACAAAAUGAAGGCAGUAGACUAAAGCCGCAAGAAAACCCAAAUCCAGUCCAAGAAGAGGAUACAAGAAAUGGAGAAGGGCAUCAACAGACGCAGGAAAAAGAACAACAAACAAAUGUUGAAGAAAUAACACCACAUAAUCCUGCAGGAGACCAUUCUCCGGGAGAACACAACGGCAAUGAUGGUUCUAAAGAAAUGGAAGAAGGGGAAGAAGGAGGUGUUGAGGAUCAUGAAAGACAUCGGGCUCAGGAGAGAGAAGAGGCUGCACAUGUCUCAGGUGCCCCGAAAGUAAAUUCAGCUGAUAUUCAGCAGGAAGUCCAACGCACACAUGCAGGAGGAACUCUGACAGGAAUCAAACAAAAAACUGGAGAAGAAGAGGAUGAUGAAACAGAAGAGGAACGAGAACAACAAAAGGAACAAAAUCAAGAGAAUCCUCCAGGCAAAGAACAAGAAACCAAAACUGGUGCAAACGCCACUAAUCAAAUAAACACGACGCCUGGUGACAGUGACAGCAGCACCGCGGUCUCCCACACCACCUCCCCUCUUUUGCUUCUCCUUGUUGUUGUUGCGUGUGCGGCUGCGGCUGCGGUGGUGGCCGCGUGA